GAAGAGAGGGAAGAGAGGGAGGAGAGGGAACAGAGGGAGUGCACCGAGAGAGGAGAUGAGAAGAAUGGAUCUGCUGUCGUCCUUGGGAUUGAGAAUGAGGCCUUCGUGAAAGACUGGGAACGAGAUUCAGAGUGUCAUGACGAUUUGGAAUGGCACAGAGAGGGCUGGGAGCAGCUCUCUAUGGAAUAUGAGGAGAUUCCCGGUCUUCCCCAUGAGGAUGAUGAUGAUUCUGCUAAGAGGAGGAAUAUCAAAUUCUCUACAGCACCAAUGAAGGUGUUCCUGACCUACUCAAAUGCAGACUAUGACAGGCGUAACGAUGACAUUGACCCUGUGUCUGCCUCUGCUGAGUAUGAGCUGGAGAAGAGAGUGGACAAGAUGGACGUCUUCCCUGUCCAGAUAAAGAAAGGAGAGGAGGGUCUGGGUAUCAGUAUAAUAGGGAUGGGGGUAGGGGCUGACCAGGGGCUGGAGAAGUUGGGGAUCUUCGUUAAGACCAUAACAGAGAACGGAGCUACACAACAGGACGGACGUAUUCAGGUGAAUGACCAGAUAGUGGAGGUGGAUGGGGUCAGUCUGGUUGGAGUCACACAGCUGUUUGCUGCCACCGUGCUGAAGAACACAAUUGGCACUGUCAGGUUUUUUAUUGGACGGGAGAAGCAGGGGGAGGAGAGUGAGGUGGCUCGUCUAAUCACUGAGAGUCUGGAGCAGGACAAGAGACCAUCCACAGUAAAGGUGUUAAAUGAUGGUGGUUUUGUGGCGCUGAGCUCAGUGGAUGAGACUGUAGAAGACCUCCCUACAGAUGAUGAAGAGGAAGAUAUCACCAGCUGCCUCAGAUACCAACAGCUCCAGUUAAAAGUCAGGACCAAAUCAGACGAACUCUGCCUAGCGUGGGAGAAGCUGAGGGUGUGUGAGGAGCAGCAGGCCUCGUGGGAGAGUCAUCAGGCUGAGCUGAAGGAGCGUGUCCAGGAUGGAGAGGAGAAGGCUGACAAACUAGAGAAGUACUGGCAGGAGGCCCAGGCUCUGUGCAGGAUUGUGAACCAGCGAUUGGCUGACACCCAGAGCCAAUUAGACAGCCUGGAGUUGAAAUACAGCAAGGCCAAGAGACUGCUGAGGGAAUUCCAACACAGGGAGAAGGAGAGCGAGGGGAGAGGGGAAGAGCUGAAGAGGGAGCUGGAGGAGCUGCAGAGGGAGAUGGAGGAGAGAGAGAAGAGACACGCAGAGACUGUGGAGAGACUCCAAAGACGGAUAGGUCAUCUGGAGCGAGGGGAGAUGGUCCCUGAGAGUAACAACCAAUCACUGGACACCUCAUUUACCUCAAGUGCAGACUGGAGCAUUGCGGUGCCUGUGACAGGUCUGUUAGACACCAGCGCUCACAGGGCCAGAGCACAGCUCGCCCAAAAAGCCAAGAGACACCCUCCCUCACGAGACAAACUCAGAGAGUCCUUCAGACAACAGGGUGAGGAAGACCAUAUUCAGAGCUGUGAUGGGAAGAGCCAAUCGCUGACUGCGAUCGCACCCCGAGAGACGGGACGAUCCGUCUCAGCAGGAGGUCACCGUGUCCACUCCAGCACCUCCUCUCUGUCUGCCCUCACCCCACAGUCCCAUCCCCCCUCCUCUCUCCUCACCCCCCAGCCAGGCCCGUCCCCCCCUAAUGAGGACAACUCAUCUACCACACGCAAAUCAAAGAGGAGAUUGCCUGACUUUAGCGGCCUCCGCAAGUCUCUGAGGAGAGGGAGGAAGAGUGAGGAGAAGAAGAACAAGGAAAGGUCCCUGCACCACAGGGGUUUAUGUGUUGACCUGGUAGAUGACCCCAGCAGUGGUGUGUCUCCCUCGGUCUCCUCCAUGCCCUCCUGGCUGCCCUUCUCCUGGUUCGGAGAGCGAGGGAGGGAGAGGGAGAAGAAGAAGAAGGAGAGAGAGAAGGAGAGAGAGAAGCUUAGGUCUGUCUCCAGCGGCAGUCUACCGUACAUGACCACCGGAAACAGUAGAGACUGCCAGAGAGUGAAUGUAGCAGACCCAGGUAGUCCCAGCUCUGCUCUCCUAUCAGAGAUGCUGUCAGAUCUGUCUCUCUCUGCACGCUCUCAAACUCUCACCUUCUCCUCCUCAGAGAACCUGGAUGAUGACUCAGUUUGUAACGAUUACCAAUGGCAAAGCCGACCCCUGGACCAAUGGACCAAUCAGCAGGUCUGUCUGUGGUUGAUUGGCAUGAGCAUGGACCAAUACGCAGCCCAGUUCACAGCCAAUGGUGUGGAUGGGCUGCAACUUCUCAGUCUGGACAACAACAAACUCAAGGCUCUGGGGGUGUGCAGUCAUAGUGACCGUGCUGCUCUGAAGGGAAGGCUGAAGGAGAUGAGGAAGACUCUGGAGAGGGAGAGAGAGGAGAAGGAAUGUGAGAAAAGGAGAAUGAAGGAGGUGAUAGAAAGAGAGAAGAGGAGCAAGGAGAUUGAAGGAAAGGAGGAGAAGGAGAGAAAGGAUGCCAGGCGUAGUGGUAAAAAGGUCCGAACCGAGUCCCUCUGCUAAAGUCUGGACCCUGACCUCUAACCCCUAAACCCAGAAAUGAUCUUCAAUCACAACUUUUUGUCUAAGUCCUACUACUAUUAGGCUCGUCUCAUGCAGUCCAGCCUUUAGACAAUCAGCUAUAGUCUCUCUCUCUAUUAUAAGCUCUCUACCAGCACAGAAAUGUCAGUCUUACUGUAAGUCUUCAAUGUGACUAGUGAAAUAUACUUUUUAUCUGUUUUGUAACUUUAUGUCAGACGUUUCUAUAUGAAUAUUGAACAGUUGAUGGCAAUGAAGCACUCAAUUAUUUUAAGCUGGGAAUAUUUUACAUGCAUUAAUAAAUAAUGUUUUAAACUUA